UCCUUUUUCGAUCACCUUAUUAAACCAACCAACCCCCUUCCAUUUAUGUUUUUGUUGAUAAAACAAAAACACUUUCAUUUUCAUUUUUAAUUCUAUUCUCAACUUCAUCAUCUCCAUUAUUAUUCAAUGACCUCCUCUUCCUUCUCUGAUAUCCUUAAUUCUCCCACCCACCAAAACCUCGGAGACACCGAAAAGCUUCUUCUUCAUCAUCAUCACGUGUUGUCUGAUCAAACAGGGUCAGGUGUCCCCAAGUUCAAAUCCAUACCUCCCCCAUCUCUCCCUCUCUCUCCCACUUCUCUCUUUUCUCCUUCUUCUUACUUUUCUAUCCCUCCUGGCUUCUCCCUUUCCGAACUUCUUGACUCUCCUGUUCUCCUUAACUCUUCUCAUAUUUUUCCAUCUCCAACAACUGGUUCAUUUGCUAAUAAUAAUCAAGGAUUCAAUUGGAAAAACAAUUAUGGGGAAAAACAGCACAAUAUCAAAGCAGAAGAUGCAAAUUUCUCCUUCCAAACUAAACCCGAGCUUCAAUCUUUAACCGGAUGGAGUUACGAGGAAACAAAUAAACAAGAUGGUUUUUCUUCUAUGGUGAAAACAGAAAACUCUUCUUCAAUACAGAGUUUUAUUCCACCAGAGAAUAACCACAAAAGAAAUUCACAAUCAAAUUAUAAAAAUUACAAUCAACAACCACAGCAACAAGUUCAAACACUUAGUAGAAGAUCAGAUGAUGGAUAUAAUUGGAGAAAAUAUGGACAAAAACAAGUGAAAGGAAGUGAAAAUCCAAGAAGCUAUUACAAAUGCACAUAUCCAAAUUGUCCAACAAAGAAAAAAGUUGAGAAGAGGUCUUUAGAUGGACAAAUUACUGAAAUUGUUUAUAAAGGUAAUCAUAAUCAUCCUAAGCCUCAAGCUAACAAGAGGAAUAAUAAUUCAACAUCACUUGCAAAUCCUUCUUCAAAUCAUUUUAGUAGUGAGAUACAAAUCGAUUUGGUUGCUACACCGGAUAACUCGUCGAUAUCGAUGGGAGGAGAUGAUGAUUUUGAGCAGAGUUCACAUGUAUCAGUAGGAGAUCAUGAAGAUGAACCUGAUGCAAAAAGAUGGAGGAUAGAAGGUGAGAAUGAGGGGAUAUCAGGAGGAGUUGGAAACAGAACAGUGAGGGAACCUAGAGUUGUGGUUCAGACAACAAGUGACAUUGAUAUUCUUGAUGAUGGCUAUAGAUGGAGGAAAUAUGGGCAGAAAGUUGUAAAGGGAAAUCCAAAUCCAAGGAGUUACUACAAGUGCACAAACCCAGGAUGUCCUGUGAGAAAGCACGUGGAACGAGCCUCACAAGACCUAAGAGCAGUGAUCACAACAUAUGAAGGAAAACACAAUCAUGAUGUUCCUGCGCCACGUGGCAGUGGCAACCACUCUAUCAACAAACCAAUACCAAUGCCAACUAAUAAUAAUACCAUACAUGCUAACAAUGCCAUGAUCAAUAAUUCACUUAUUAAUAAUGGAUUCUUCAACCAAGGAAGCUUUAAUGGAUCAUUCCCAAUGAAUCAUUCUUACAUGAAUACGAAUCAACAACGUGUUAAUAUUGUUAGAGGUAGAGCUAAGGAGGAGCCUACAGAAGAUGACUCGUUUUUUGAAUCUUUGCUAUCUUGAAGGAAUUGUUUUUUUUCUUUGCAUAGUUUUGGAUGAUUGGAAUUUUUUAGAGGGGCUGGCUUAGGAUUUUACAUGCAUAUACUUAUGACUAAUAAGAUGAGUUUAUUCCAUUUAUUGCAUUUUUUAUUGUAUAUUUUCACACCUACAGGGUUUGUAUACUUGUAUAUUUAACAAUUGUUGUAAGUUAAUUAUAUGAUGAUGAUAUGUUUGUAAUAUUUUUUAUUA